UGAAGCUUUCCAGGAAGCUCUCUGUUCACGAUCGCGAACCCUCGGUUUACGCGCCAGCACGACGACUCAUAAUCCGAAGAACUUCAGCACGUUGUUUCCAGUAUAUUUUCGCAUUCAUCACGUUCUUUAGCUUCUAUAGACCGGAAACACCAUCAAGAUGGGUGGUAAAAAGAGAAAGAACUUCCCGACUGUUGAGGAUGAGCUUGGGAAGCCGUGGUGCUACUACUGCGAGCGCGACUUCACAGACAUGUUGAAUUUGAUACGACAUCAAAAAGCGAAGCACUUCAAGUGCGAGCGAUGUGGCCGGAGACUAAACACCGCUGGUGGUCUUUCUGUACAUAUGAACCAAGUCCACAAAGAACAAUUACAUUUCGUCGAGAAUGCAUUGGAAAACCGUAAGGGGUUGGAAGUGGAGAUUUUCGGCAUGGAAGGAAUUCCAGACGACAUCAAGCAGGCACAUCAACAGCGUGUCUUGCAGAAUUUCUACCAGGCAGAAGCAGAUCGCAGGCAAAAUACGGGAAACCCUCCUCCUGGUCAGGGUGGACCCCAGAAAGAGCCGCGAAGGAAACCGACCGUGGAAGAACUGAAGAAGAGGCUAGCUGAGCACAGAGUGAAACGAGCGAAUGCGCCGGUGAGCGCGCCGCCCGCGAGUAAUAGUCCUGGAGUUCCUGGUCAGUUCCAAUACGGCCAGCCGCAAUCGCAACAACCAUACGGUCAGCCGCAAUUUGGGGGUGCACCCUCGGUCCAAUACCCUGGAGCACCAUUUAACGGUCAAGGUCCACCAGCCUCAUUGCCAGCUCCUCCGCCAGGUGUGCGUGUCGUUUCAAAUCCGCCAGAUGGAUCAGGUCCAGGAACUUCUAUCGAUGACCUCAUCGCAGAUGCUGCACGCAAGGCCACAGUAGCCAAAGCUUUGGCAGACGACCCGGAGAGGAAGCCUAAGAAGGACACUAAGGCUAUCAAACUUAUCUACAGCGACAAUGAGACUUCUCCGGAAGAGAAGCGUGCUAUGUUACCCAGAUAUGCAUUCUCCAGGGCGUAAGCAUAGCAAAGGCACAUAGGUUUGGCGUUUUGGAGGGUGGUGCUUUUCAGAGGCGCAAGGCUGUUAUUGUACGAUACAGGACGCCCAAAAGUUUGGAGCUCCAUCAGAUUACAUGCUACGAUGGUAUAAUGUUGCUUAGGCGCUAUAAGACCUUUCGCGGGAACUAGGAUCUGCAGCACAUGUUCGAGGUCGGAGCUCUUAUGAGUUAUGUGUUGUAUAUGUGUCAAGGCAUU